UGUGUCAAAUUUAAUAUUAUAUUGUUGUUUCAAGCUCUUCGACACGUGCGUGUAAAUUGUGUUAUUUAGUAUAUUUAUUCGUAACAGUGAAAGCUGAACAAAAAAUCACCAUGGACGUUGAUGCAACGGAGGCUCAGUUGCAAGUACGAUUCGUCACUAAACAAGAACAAUAUGCAGUUCCCGACAGUCCCUACGCCAUACAAAGCAAUGUGCAACCUGCAGACCUCAACACAUUGGUCAAUGCCCUGCUCAAGGAGGCUGACAGCUCAGCAAAGAGAGUUGAAUUCGAUUUCUUAGUGUGCGGGGAACUGUUGUGCUCGCCUCUUGGCGACCAUCUUCAAGAGAAGGGUGUUUCUACCGAACAGACUUUGGAAGUUGAGUAUUUGGAGAGGUUCCCGGCACCAAGCCCACAGGAUUGUUUGAUGCAUGAUGACUGGGUUUCUGCAGUACAGGCUCAUGGAAACUGGAUCCUGUCAGGCAGCUAUGACAACAGUCUGCAUAUCUGGACGACCAAGGGGCAGCACAAACUCGCUAUACCAGGCCACACAUCUCCCAUUAAAGCUGUCUCUUGGGUGUCAGUCAAUGGUGAUCAAGCAGUUUUUGCUAGUGGUUCCCACGACCAAUCUGCCAUGCUCUGGGUAUGGAAUGUUUCCAACAACUCUGUGGACUGUGUGGUGACGUGCCGAGGACACGAGAAAGGAGUGGAGAGCCUGUCGGUGUCUGCUGAUGCUUCAAAACUGGCUACUGGCAGCUGGGACACUAAUAUAUGCUUGUGGAGUGCUAGUCUUUCUGAUGAAGAUAAUGUACCAGCAAAGAAGAGAAGCAAGUCUGACCGAGGACAAGAUCAUGGAAACACUAGGGAACCACUGGCAACAUUAAAAGGUCACCGUGAAGCAGUGUCCGGCGUGCAAUGGAUGGACUACAACACUGUGCUUUCCAGUGGCUGGGAUCAUCUGCUCAAGAUCUGGGAUUGCGAGCUCAAUGGCAUAAAACAGGAAAUUGCUGGCAACAAGGCAUUCUUCGACGUGGAUUGGUCUCCGCUCAGCAACGCCAUGAUAACAGCCUCUGCAGACAGACACGUUCGUCUGUACGAUCCAAGAUCUCAAGAAAGCAUAGUAAAGACGACGUUCACAUCGCACACGGGUUGGGUGCAGUCAGUGCGCUGGUCCAAGACUCGGGACACACUGUUUUUGAGCGCUGGCUGCGACGGACAAGUCAAACUGUGGGAGACUAGGAGCCCCCGCACCCCACUGUACGACCUGAGCGGGCACGAAGACAAAGUCCUGUGUUGCGAUUGGUCCGUGCCGUCUCUGCUCGUCAGCGGCUCCUGUGAUAACACACUCAGGAUAUUCAAGGCCAAGAACGCUCUGCCAGCGUAAACUAGUAAUGUUACAAGAGUACACUCAAAAAGGUAAGGACUCUUUCAACGUCAAGGAUAAGGGGUCGAUUGCAAUAACAGCUGUCACCGUUAUUUACGAAAUGAUUAUUAUUAUUAAUUUAUGAGUAUUUUCAUGACGCUGACAGUGACCAGUACGUCAAGUAUUUGGUAUAAUCUGCCCUUAGUCCCAGUGUAGUAUCGAUUCGUUAGCAAGCAUUACGUCAUCAUAAUGUUUAAUAUUAUUUUGACAAUGUUAUUCAAAGUAAUUCGUCGAUUAUAGGGAACUAAAAGCAAAGUCAUCUUGUAAAAAAUAUGAUAUUUCGCUUGCCGACAUGUUGAUAGGAUUUGAUAUUGGUUCUGCGUAACAUAACUUGGCACAGUUUAUGGUUUUAAUUCUUAAAUGGAAUCUUACUAAGUCGGACGCGAUAUAAAGUCCGUGCGUUUCAAAGGGUUAAUAAACGCAUUUUGAUUAGCAAGUUCUAAUAUAAACAAACUAUCGGGACAUGCCGUAAGUUCUGUGUAUACAUAGCUUAACUAAAAGAUCUGAUGUCGGCCAGAUCGAAGGCGUGAUAUAUAUGGCGUUGAAAGGGUUGACAUUAUCCAAUUUAUUAUUUUCAAAGCAUUUGAUUCUUAAAAUUUUGAGUGUACUCUUAAAUUAGCAAUAGAAAAUAUUAAAUUAAUUCAUUAUAAUUAACUCCGUGGCAUCACUUUCAAACGGGACUGCUGUAAUUCCACAUAGAUACUGUAUGUUUGUCAGAAUAAAUGACUUUCCGAUUUUUUCCGCAACCCAAACUGGGUUAGGCAUGUAUCUUACUCGUAAUUUUCAUAAUUCCAUGUUCACGGUGUUCAUAAUCUAAGUUAGGAUAAUGUUUGUCGACAAACAAUAUUGUCCACUUUUUUAUUAUGUCUGUGGAUCUUCGACUGCAAUGUUAGUAGGGUGGGGCGUGUCAGAGCGUAAUAAAAUAAAAUGAUGAACUAAA